AUGGCCGCUAUGUUGGAGUUCCGCACACCUGGCUGGAAUCCUUAUGCCGUCAAAUAUUCACCAUACUACGAUUCACGAAUUGCUGUCGCAUCCGCAGCGAAUUACGGCAUUGUGGGAAAUGGCCGCUUAUUCUGCUUGGGAUUGGGACCACAAGGCGUCCAGAUUGAGAAGACCUUCGAUACGAACGACGCCCAGUAUGACCUUGCCUGGUCUGAGAUCAACGAGAACCAGCUACUGGUCGCAUGUGGUGAUGGCUCUAUCAAGCUUUACGAUAUGAAUGUGAAUGAGUUCCCCGUAAUGAACUUCCAUGAGCAUAAGCGGGAGACUUUCUCGGUAGCAUGGAGUCCCGUUACUAAAGAUACUUUUGCCUCUAGCUCAUGGGAUGGAACAAUAAAGAUUUGGUCACCGGCAAGAAAGGAAUCCAUCAAAACUCUCCCUGUCGGAAAUUGUACUUACAGCACAUCAUACUGUCCAUCUAAUCCAAAUAUCAUCUCCGCAGUGUCGACAGAUUCACACUUACGCAUAUUCGAUCUCCGAACGCCAAUCAGUGCUCAAUAUCAUUUAACAACAAAGAUUCCAGUUCACAUCCCCUCUCCUAUCCCUCCCCUCCAGGGACCAACCCCUCCUGCUGUACCAGGAGAAAUAUUAACCCACGACUGGAACAAAUACAACCACACAGUGAUCGCGACGGGCGGUGUAGACAAGGUAAUACGGACGUUUGAUAUUAGGCAUCCUUCAGCAGGGCCUGCAUCUAUAAUGCUAGGUCACGACUACGCUGUUCGGAGGCUAUCGUGGAGCCCACAUGCUAGCGAUAUCUUGAUCAGCGCGAGUUACGACAUGACAGUGCGUUUAUGGACAGACGGGUCGACAAUGCCAACUCAACAGGAGUCUCCAGUCAAGGCUGGAAUCCAGCUCGGUAUUAUGAACAGGCAUACGGAAUUUGUAACGGGCGUGGAUUGGUGUUUAUUUGGCGUCGGUGGUUGGGUUGCGACUGUGGGAUGGGAUGAAAGAUUACUAUUGUGGGAUGCAAAUAGGUUAUUACAGGGGCAAGCAUGA